CGAGGGCCAGGCCCAGGGUGGUCCAGACACAGCAGCCAGGGGCCACUCUCUGAGGCUCGUGCAGAGUCUCGGUUCAAAGACGCGCAGGAUAAGAGCUGCCCAGUGACCCUGGGACUUUGCUCUGCUCCUCAGCAGAAAACUUCCCUCAGCACUUGCCUCUCUGGAGAACCCAUCAUGGGAGCCCCAGCUGUCCUCCUUGCCGUGGCCCUCGCCACCCUCCUGGCUCCAGCGUCAGGGGCGCCCGUCCGCCAGCAGGCCUCCCGGAACAAGCUGCUCCUGGUAUCCUUCGACGGUUUCCGCUGGAACUAUGACCAGGACGUGGACACCCCCAACCUGGAUGCCAUGGCACUGGACGGGGUGAAAGCUCGCUACAUGACCCCGGCCUUCAUCACCUUGACCAGCCCCUGCCACUUCACUCUGGUCACUGGCAAAUACAUCGAGAAUCACGGGGUGGUUCACAACAUGUUCUACAACACGAGCAGCAAGCUGAAGUGGCCCUACCACACCACGCUGGGCAUCCAGAAAUGGUGGGACAACGGCAGCCUGCCCAUCUGGAUCACCGCCCAGAGGCAGGGCCUGAAGACCGGCUCCUUCUUCUACCCCGGCGGGAACGUCACCUACCAAGGCGAAGCCGUGACGCUGAGCCGGAAGGAAGGCAUCCUACACAACUAUAAGAAUGAGGUGGAGUGGAGGGCCAACAUCGACACAGUGAUGAAGUGGUUCACGGACGAGGGCCUGGACCUGGUCACCCUCUACUUCGGAGAGCCGGACUCCACGGGCCACAGGUAUGGCCCCGAGUCCCAGGAGAGGAAGGAGAUAGUGAUGCAGGUGGACAGGACUGUAGGCUACCUCCGGGACAGCAUCAGGAAGAGCGGCCUGGAGAGCAACCUCAACCUGCUCAUUGUGUCCGACCACGGCAUGACCACCGUCAACAAGAUGGCCAGCGACCUGGUGGAACUCCACAAGGUCUCCAACUUCAGCUUCAAGGACAUUGAGUUUGAGCUCCUAGACUAUGGACCAAACGGGAUGCUGCUCCCCAAGGAAGGAAUGCUGGAGAAGGUGUACGAGGCCCUCAAGGACGCCCACCCCAGACUCCACGUCUACAAGAAGGAGUUCUUCCCCAAAUCCCUCCACUACGCCAAUCACUCCCGGGUCACCCCUCUGCUUAUGUACAGUGACCCGGGUUACGUCAUCCACGGGAGAGUGAACGUGCAGUUCAACAAUGGGGAGCAUGGCUUUGACAAUAAGGUCAUGGACAUGAAGACCAUCUUCCGGGCGGUGGGCCCCAGCUUCAAGAAGGGCCUGGAGGUGGAACCCUUCGAGAGCGUCCACGUGUAUGAGCUCAUGUGCAAACUGCUGGGCAUCGUGCCAGAGGCCAACGAUGGGCUCCUCAGCACCCUGCUGCCUAUUCUCCAGGAGACCAACGACGGUGUCCUGAGCACCCAGACACCCACACUCAGCCCCUCGCUGACCACGACACCCUCAGGGUCUGCCCUCCUGCCAAGCGGCUGGCCUCCCUUGGUGUUGGGACUGCUGGUGGCUGCAACUCUCCUGGUCAAGGUCGCAUAACACCCACUGCUCAAGGAUCAGAGGCCCAGGAGGCCCAUCUCUUCCAAGAAGCCUCCAGAAGCUGCAAACAGGAUCUGAGCCUGCUCCUGCUGUGAUGAUCUACUGGAUACAGAUGGGCCUGUCUCCUCAGUAGACAUGGGACCAGGCCUACAUGCCUCCGUGUCUCCACAGCCCCAGCCUAGGCUUGGCCAUCAUCAUGGCCAAGCAAUCUUGCCAUCAACAUGCUAGCAAUCUGACCCCUGCCCAGGUUUAGAUCUCUGGGGGCAUAAUCUGGUUCACUGGCCCACAGCCCCCAGAUUCCCAAGAUGCCCCCAUUCCUUCCCUCCUUCUCCUUCUCCUUCAAGCCCCCUUUCCACCUCCUCCUCUCCUCUCAAAGCAGAACCACCCCCAUGACAGCACGGGGCGGGGCGGGGGGUGGGGCAUGGAUGGGGAAGGGCGGUCACCGAGUGCACAGUGAUGGGGAGGGGGUACCUGAGUGCCCUCUUGGGAAGGUGCAGCAGGCUUGGUGGUGGUUGUACUAGGACAGAAGCCUCAAACACUCACACCCCAAACUCCAUCUCCAGUGGGCGAUGAGGAGCCUCUGCCCUGGAGCUCCCAGCCCUGAGUCCGCACACCUCCAGCUGAGGGGCCAUCUCCAUCUCCAGGACCAGGUCCUGCCCGCAGGCCACCAGGAGUGCACCGCCAGGCAGAAAGCACGGAUGGGAAUAAAGGACCCCACUGGCUGUUACCAAAACAUAGUGACCAAUGUGGGUGCAACUUUUUAUUCUAAAGCCUGCUGGUUUCUUAUAGUCUUGCCACUUGGAUCCAGGUUAUAAUAAACUCCUAGUUUCUUAGGAGGCUGACAAACACAGGGGAACCUACCCAUUCUUGCUGGGAACAGGCCCUGGCUGGACUGCCAGCAAAAGCUGGUAAAGGCUGGGCUCCCCAUUAAAAAGCAAAGGGGGGGAUGAGAACUGAUAGGAAACCAGAACUCUUUGCCACAUUGCUCAGCUAAAAAGAAAAUGCUGCAAAUGGUAGAAUGCCAUUGUGGCGGGGGGCGGGGGGGGGUGUAAAUCUACACAUAAGACGUAUCCUUAGAGAAGUUUCAAGAAAAGGUGAGUAUUGACUGGCUUCAGAGGGGACCUGGGUGGCCAGGCCAGGAGCAGGGGGCCAUGUCCACCACCUAGUGCCUUGGACAUUGUCAGUAUUGAGCCACUUCAAGGACUGUGCACUCACAACAGCUUUCAAGAGCAUAGACUUUGGAGUCAGACCAAGUACUGCUCCAGUCUGUCCCCAUGGCCUGAGGGGAGUAGUUUACCUCCCCCAGCCUCAGUUUCCCCAUUUGGAAAAAUUGUCCAUGUCUCUGAGAUUACCCCAGGACGAAGCACCGAGACAGGUGAUUCUUAGAUAGUAGCCACGGGGAUAAUUAAAACCCUACUAUGGGAGAUGCUAAAGUUGUUAAAUUCAGCUCUUGCGUAUAAAUCCAGCUAUAACAAUGACAGACACAUUCUUUGAAGGACGGGUUUGUCAGGAUCUGUCUAUUCCCUGUCUAUGAAUCCCUCCUUUCCCUUCCCCGGGCCUCUUACUUCUACCUGCAGCUUGAGCCCCAUCUCCAUCUGCAGGAUCAAUCCCAACCUGCCCUCCACAGCUGCCUAAGCACCGGCCUGGAGCUGGAGUCCUGCCUGACCGGAAAGGCCCUGUGGCUCCCUGGCCCUGCAUCCCAUAGUUGUCCUGGAAGGACUGCCCCACCCCCACCACCCGCAGCCCUACUGGGAUACCCAGGCCCUCCUGGCUGCCCACACUGGCUUCUGAAUCUGGACAGGCCCAAAUCAGGCUGGAGGAAACCAGUGGGUGAGGUAUCCCUUUGCAUCCAUGUACAUGGAGCAGUGAGCGCUCACAGAUGUCAGCAUAACCGCCAUGACCCCCAUCUCUAAGAGACACCCAACCUUUCACCAAGAGCCCACAACGACCAUGGCCAGACUAGCCUACUUUCCAGGGACGAGCCAACAGAUAUUCUGAGAAUCACUCUCGAUCAGCUUUCUCAAACAGAAAAGAAAAAGAGAGAGAAAAGAGAGAUACCUGCCUUAUAUUUGUUUUUAUGAUUACCUUCAGCUUGGGUGAAUGCUACUGAUUUUCCAUUUGUGUUCUGUUAUUUUCUAAGUUUUUUCCUUUUAAAAGUAACUUAAGUGAAAAAAAAAUGAGUUGAUUUAAAGAAAAAUGUUGACUGAUAGACACAACAAAACAAAAAUAAUAAAGGAGGUUUUCCAGAGUCAGGAUAACCACA